CCCAAAUUGUUCGUCGUCCGUUCUCUCUCUCUCUCUAGGGGUUUUUUUUUACCAACGGUGUAUGAUCCGCCAUGAGUGUCACGGAGGAUCGUCUUCCAAUAAUAUCUCGACGCAGUAAGCGAACGAAGAUCUCGCCGAAUGGAGUAGAAGAAAACUCAUUCCAGAUCCCAAUUGAUCUUGUUUUCGAGAUACUCUUGAGACUGCCGGCGAAAUCUGUUGCGGCUUGUCGUUGCGUGUCGAAGCUUUGGGGAUCAUUAAUCAGCCGUCAAGACUUCACGGAGUUGUUCUUCACCAAAUCUGUGCAUCGCCCGAAACUAUUGUUCACCUGCCGAAAAGAUGGUAAACUCUUCUUCUUCUCGUCACCUCCGGAUGAGAACUCGUCCGCCGAUUCUCUUGUGAGUUUCUCCUCUUCCUGUCGCGUCUCUCGUCCUAUCAAUGGCUUGGUGUGUCUUGAGCGAGACGUUAAGAAAACGAAUGAAACGGUGAGAGUGAUAUGUAAUCCUAGCACGGGACAGUGUUUGAACUUGCCCAAACCGACGACGACGUGGAGUGGGCUUCGUAUACACAACUUCUUCGUGUAUGAACCGAUUGAGAAACAAUUCAAGUUAUUGUUGUCUUGUGGAAUUCAUGAGCAUCUAGUUCUAACUCUAGGAACUGGAGAAUUGUCUUGGAGGGUGAUUGAACCUUCCAAGCCUCAUUGUAUUCAUAGAUUGUCUAAUAUAUGCAUCAACGGUGUUCUGUAUUAUCCAGCUACCGAUAUGUCUUCAACGGAUGACAUAAUCGUUUGCUUUGAUGUCAGCUCCGAGAAGUUUAGAUUUAUUACAGCCAUCCAAGGUUUCAUUCAAGCAGGGCAUGAUGGAGUUCUGAUCAACUACAAUGGUAAAUUAGCUUCGCUUGUUUCUAAAAGAAGUCGCAUUGUUGAUAGAAGAAGUAAAAGCAUCGAGUUGUGGGUUCUACAAGAUGUGGAAAACCAGGAAUGUAUUAAGCAUACGUACGUAUUGCCCACUUGGUGGCAGGAUAUAGUUGGAACUGGUUGUUAUACUUUUGUUGGAGUGACUCGUUCAAAAGAAUUUAUGUUUUCGCCAUGGUAUCAAACUGUGCCUUUCUAUGUCUUCUACUUCAAUAUUGAGAAACAAACGAUUAGAAGAGCUGCAAUACGAGGAAUGGAAGCGCUUCAGGGUCACACAGUCCUCACCUUUUUAGACCAUGUAGAAAACGUUAAGCCUCUAUCCUUAUGUUUUAGUUAGGAUUUUUUGUUUCUUUGAGAUAUUUGUAACAGAGAUGAUCUCGCCUCUUGGUUCGUUUAUCUCUCUCUUGGCUAUGGGACCUUA